UUUAGGCCUCAGGCUCCAGCGUGCGACCAUCAUCAUAAAGAGCUGACUCCUGCUCGCAUAUCUCGGACCCAGCAGCUUCAGACAAGACUCAGCACAAGCUUCUAUCUCUGGAUAUUUACCUUUUCUCUCGUUGGAGUGGUAGCAUCUGUUUUAUUUCUUCAGAUAAACUGCUCUUCUACUCCUUCACGUCUUCAUCCCACCUCAAUCUCACCAUGUCGCGGGCGCCAAGAAUCCCCGCUCCAGAGUGGGAUCGUCACAAAGACCACAUACAUGACGUGUAUGUUGUGCAAGGCAAGACACUAGAAGAGCUGAUCAGUUUCAUGGCAAAGGAUCAUGGCUUUGAACCCACCAAGGCACAAUAUGUGCGCAAGCUGGAUGGUUGGAACAUGAGGAAGAACUUCAAGAAAGAAGAGUGGGAGCAUGCCGACGCCUUGGUCCGGAAGCGAAAAGCGGCUGGAAAGGAUACUGAGCUCGUCAUAAGCGGAAGGGUCAUCGAGGGCAAGAAACGGAGGAAGGCGCUCAACAGAUACGCCGUCCUUCCAACAUUCUUCCAGGCAGCUUCAACCAAGUUUGAGACCGGCCACGACGAGGUCACAGCCAGAACCCCGCCCUCGACUGGAGGAGACCCAUUCAUCAUGUACAACAACCUGCCCUGGUUUCAAUUUCAGGACCACGUAACAAAACUGGCGAUCUCUAGCAUGCCAUCUGGCAUACUCAUACCAACCUCGGUCGAGCUUGCUACUUCUCUGACCAAAAACGUCUUCGGAAUUUCCGUGGAACAGGACAUGGGGGACACAAGAGCUCUUAGCGACUUGUCCUGUCUAUUAGAGGAGAAGGUGCCCAAAAGGCGGGGCGACAACUUCAACUGCCAUAUCGAGAGGUUAUCCCAACCCCAACCGCUGCUCCAGGUCCUCCAGUGGGCCGUCUUUCUCUCUUCCAAUGGGCUUCUCCCCAACGAAGAAACGGAUGCCCUGUUGAGAUGGGUCACUGCGGGUGGGCACAGCCUGGCCAUGGAGCAGAUUCUCCGAGUGGGGGGACCUACAACUCUGAUUUUUGCAUCCAAUCUCCUAUUGAGCGCCAUCAGGAUUGGCAAUGAAACCUUUGUCGAGAUGCUCCUCGACCAAGGCAUUAGCCCAAACAGCGCGGAUUCUACCUUCACCGCGAGAACUGCUCUUCAAACUGCAGUAAUUUCUGCAAAUUCUGGAAUAGUUCAGCUACUUCUUGAUCGUGGGGCUGAUGUUAACGGCACUAUUCCUGGGCCAUUAGAAUAUAUCCCCCCCCUCAACCUCUUCCUUGCGCAUAAAAAUCGACCUCUCCAGAUUCUCAAGAUAUUGAUCAAGGCUGGCGCAGAUGUUAAUCACAUCAAGGCAGGUUACCUUUCCGCGCUUCAAGCAGCUGUUUCACAUGUGGACCCAGACGCGGUUACUGUCUUACUUGAAGCUGGAGCCGACGUCAAUAUGCCGCUUGGAGAAAAGUACAAGGUGAUAUGUACUCAGACCUGGGAAAAGUACACAGUUCCCGGAAAUAAGAUCUCAUUGCCCACCCUCUGCACCCCACUUAGCCUUGCAGCUUCAUGUGGGAACAAGGAAAUAGCUCGGCUUUUACUAGAGGCUGAUGCGGAUAUCGACGGAUUGUGGUUUAGCGAAGCGACUGUCUACGAAAACUUGCACAUGUUUGGCUCUGUGGAGGCAACUAACGCAUACUUGGGCACCGAAACACCGCUACAGUUAUCAGUGCGAUUUGGCCACCUAGCCAUGAUUCGGUUUCUCUUGGACGCUGGUGCCAAUCCUAAUGCUGUCAGCAUAUCUGGUUCAACCGCACUUCAAAGUAUCUUUGCGGGGGGUGUGCGCAAGCCUAUGCUGCAGAAGGUGGCGCAUUUGCUCUUGAGCCGAGGGGCUACUGUUAAUAUCCCCGCGAGCAGGAAUCUCGCCGGGAUGACGCCUAUCCAAGAAGCCGCUAGAUGGGGGGACAUUGGGUCAGUCGGUCUCUUUGUGGACAAUGGUGCUGAUCUGAAUGUUGCUCCUUAUCAUCUAGGAGGGCGAACAGCCUUACAGGCUGCAGCCGAGUCUGGGAACGUAGACCUAGUCACUCUCCUUAUCAAAAGCGGUGGGGCCAUCAACGCUGAUGCUGCCGCGUAUAAUGGUCUCACGUGUCUCCAGGCUGCAGCUUCGUCGGGUAACCUGGCACUGGUCAACAUACUGCUCCAACUGGGUGCCGAUGUCAAUGCCCCAGCAUCACUAGGGAGUGGACUAACAUCCCUCCAGGCCGCUGUCAAAAGAGGUGAUGUAGGGAUGGUCGAAAGACUACUGGAUGCUGGCGCAGAUGUCAACCAGAUCAUCAACGGUCAAACGGCACUCUGUUCGGCCAUCGGGAAUUGCCACUACGACGGCUACAGCAACGACACCUACAGCAACGUCAACAACGAGAGUAUCUACAACCUACUAAUGGAAAACGGUGCCAACCCGGAUCCUAUAAAUGUUGAAACAACACCCUUGGCCAUUGCGGCCAGUAAUGGUCAGUUCCAUCUUGUGGGUCGGCUUCUAGACGCCGGGGCGGACGUCAACAGACCCUCACUCAACCCGUUGAGAAUACCCAACAUGGCCCCAGGUCUGACUCCCCCACAAACACCUCUCGCCAUCGCAGUUGCACACAGACAUGAAGAUGUGGUAAACCUCCUGAUAAACUCGGGAGCUGGUUUAAAUCACGUCGCGCAUGUUGAUGGAGCAAAUCCUCUUCACUAUGCGUUUAACAAUGACAAGUUUUCGCGUGGAAUCACAGAAUCACUAAUCCGCAGCUCCGCUGACCCCAACAAGCCGUCAGCAACCGGGGUGUUUCCAAUCCACUUGGCAGCUAAAUGCUUAAGCAGUGAAGAUGCGGAAGCGGCAAUAAAGAUACUCAUUGACGCUGAGGCUGACGUACACUCCCAAUCGUGGGCUACAACAGCACUUCAGAUAUCCGUUAAAAGGGGUCACGAGCGCGUUGUUAAGAUGUUGCUAGACGCUGGGGCUGACGUAAACACCCAAUCGCGAGUUGCAACAGCACUUCAGAGAGCCGUUGAAAAGGGUCACAAGAGCCUUGUUGAGAUGUUGCUUGACGCUGGGGCAGACAUCAACGCACCCGCAGCACCGAGUUGGGGUACUACAGCCUUACAAGCUGCAGCCAAGAGAAACGAUCUUCAUCUCGUGCGAGACCUCAUAUCUCGUGGCGCCGAUGUUAAUGCUCCACCAGCCAUCGAGAUCGGCGCAACAGCAUUACAGCUCGCAGCUAUACAUGGGAACAUCAACAUGGCUAUCUUGCUCCUUGAGAAUGGGGCAGACGUCAACGCCGAACCAGCGGCUAAAGAAGGACGGACGUCGCUUCAGGGGGCCGCUGAACGUGGUCGUCUGGAUAUGGUUUACCUAUUGCUGGAGAAUGAUAAGGAAAUGGAAUCAAUCGAGGAGCGGUGUCAGGAGGCGGCAAGGUUUGCGGACUCAAAUCAUCAUCCAAUACUUGCUAAGGUCCUUCGAGAAUGGAAAAGGCCAUGAGGAGAUGCACAUGGUCGUUUUGUCUUGGGAAGCAAAGUGUAGCCAUACGGUGUGGGCAUUCCUUUAUUGAACAGAGUAUACAGUAUAGACAAGAAUGAUCUGCUCUUUCCAUUUGAAUUUACGAAUAGUCGC